UUGGUCGUUCAACUCUAACCCAAUGAUUAAUUCAAACCAAAUUGUUUUAUCGAGUGGAUUACAUAUUUGCAUUAGCUUCAAAUGGCCAAUAAUACCCCUGCCAGGAAAGAAAGGAUAUAGUUCCGGUGGCCAGCAGCUACCAACGCUCCUUAGUCCCAGAGCAACGGAUAUAACUGCCAAAAACCCAAACCCAUUUUUCCCCACAGCUCCUUCUCCAACUCCAAUGGCUAACUUAACAAACCUGAACCAUCCAACAGAAUCCAUUCCAAACCUUCUCUCCAACAUUAUCCCCAAACACUCUCCAAACCCUGCACUUGCUCUUCCCACGAAACCUGCUGCUGAAGCAACAAUCAAGGAGCAGCAGCCAUUGAAGUUGCAGACCUCCAGAAGGCUAGCACUAGGCGGCCUUGUCUCUGUAGCCCUCAUUGCCAACAAUGGAGGAGGAGGAGCAUCUCUGGCUGCAGAUAACGGGUUUUGGAUAGACGGGCCUUUGCCCAAUCCCACCAUUGACAACAAAGAGCUUGCAAAUGAGAGGACGGGGAGUCGUUCUUUCCUGAAGAAAGGGAUUUACGUAGCUGACAUUGGAGUGAAAGGGAGAAUUUACAGGAUCAAGAAAUCUGCUUUCGACCUUCAGGCGAUGGAGGAUUUGAUUGGUCCCGACACUCUCAACUAUGUGAGGAGGUACCUCAGGAUCAAGUCCAGUUUCUUGUACUACGAUUUCGAUAAGGUGAUAUCUGCUGCUGCUGACGAUCAGAAGCAGCCGCUCACUGAUCUGGCUGUUAGACUUUUCAACAACUUUGAGCAGCUAGAGGAAGCUGCAAGGAAGAACAGCCUGCCUCAGACAGUGUCAUGCUAUCAAGACACUAGCUUGCUUCUCAAGGAGGUGAUGGAGACAAUGGCCUAGAAACUAAAAACUUUCCUGCACCAUGGUGACAAUAAUGUAACGUGGUUACCUGCAUUACAAUCUAUUCCUCCUGGAAGGAAAAUGCAUCUUCAUAACCUUUUCUAUUGCUUUGAAAAGCUUGAGAUUCGCACAUUGAUGAUUUACAGUAGUGUCAGAUGAAUUAAUGAAUGAACCAGGUGGAUUGAAAGAAGACACAAGAGAGGAAAGCAAGCAAUCAGUAUACGAUAGUGACAAUAAAUAAUUACCCUAUCU